AUGAGGCCUCUGCCGAGCCGGAAAAGGAAGAACCAAGGUAUCUCCCUGGGACUCUUCGCCCUCUGCCUGGCCGCAGCCCGCUGUCUGCAGAGUCAGGGCGUGUCGCUGUACAUUCCCCAGUCCACCAUCAAUGCCACAGUGAAAGAAGACAUUCUGCUCUCGGUUGAAUACUCCUGCCUCGGGGUGCCCACCAUCGAAUGGAAGUAUACCUCCAACUGGGGUGUGCAGAAGAUCGUGGAGUGGAAGCCAGGGACUCAGGCCAACAUAUCCCAAAGCCACAAGGACCGAGUCUGCACCUUUGACAAUGGCUCCAUCCAGCUCUUCAGUGUGGGUGUGCGUGAUUCCGGCUACUACAUCAUCACAGUGACAGAGCGCCUGGGGAGCAGCCAGUUUGGCACCAUCAUUCUGCAUGUCUCAGAGAUCCUCUAUGAAGACCUCCACUUUGUCGCUGUCUUCCUUGCUUUUCUCGCUGCUGUGGCCGCAGUGUUAAUCAGCCUCAUGUGGGUUUGUAAUAAGUGUGCAUAUAAGUUUCAGAGGAAGAGAAGACACAAACUCAAAGAAAGCAAAACUGAAGAGAUUGAGCUGCGAGAUGUUGAGUGUUAGGCAAGGCUGGGCCCAGUUACAUUCCUACCUCAAGAGGAAAACGUUAUUUUCCAAUGAAAGAAGCCAACACAGCCAAUCCAUCCUGUUGUCCUGCCACAGCAACCCAUUCCUGAUGGGACGGCAGGAAGUUAACAGAUUGACAGCAUGGAGUUGAAGGUUAUGGACUGAAGAAAGUCAGCUGUAGUCCUUGCACUGAGUUCAAAGAGAAGAGCACUGAGCCUUUGAGCCAGGAGCUUUGCUUGGCUGCAGCUUCCGGGCCAUGUUGGCCCAUAACCAAAGGCAUACCGCAGCCUCUGGCAGCUUGUUCACGACACUUUGCUGUGGCCCAGGGACUGGCCUGUUGGAGGAGUCCCUGUAUCAGAAGCCAGAGUAUCUCCAGGCUUGGGAGUAUGCAGCCUAUGUUCGAGCAUGCUCUCUGCGGCUUGUGCGCCUGCCUGCUCUGUGAACUGCUUUCAUCCUCCCAACCCCCACAAGCACUGCUGUGGGAGCUACUGUGAACCAACCUGAGGCUUUUAGACAAUCUGCUGCUUAAGAACUAGAGGUAGACAGAGACUGAGUGGGACACUACUGGGCUGCAGUGAGUUGCUCAGAGCAGGGCAAGGCCCCGUGGCCUGGAGCUUUGGGAAGAGGAGCUCAAUUAGUUCCUGA